UGAUCGACUCCAGAGCUAUGUUACAAGUUAUUAUGAUUCUUAACCUUUAAAAAAAAUCAUUGUAAAUAUUAUCAAAAGUCCAUUUAAGUUUUUUUUUGCUAUAAAUGGAAAAAAAAGCCAAGAAAUUAGUAAAAGCUUAUUCAACCAAAAGAAUUUGCUUAUUUUGGCUAUGCGCAGGGGCGUCGGAACGUUUUCGAGCUUGGGGGGAGACAAACAUUUUGCCCUCCCCCCCUCUAUUUUUAUUAUAUAUAAGUAUGAAACGUGAACCCUCUAAUUCUAAUUUUCAUGGACAGUUGUAUGACUGAGUUGUUGAAAAUUAUUGAUGAAAUAUUAUGAUAAAUUGUAGCCUUUGACCACGAAUUUACCUCACCUGCCACAUCCAGGUACGAUCGCAUCCAUUGUGACGACUUCUGCUUCCUACUGACCACGAAUUUACCUCACAUCCAGAAAGUUCCAAAAAUUGAGAGAAUUCUGAACUUUCUUAUGGUUGCCUCAACUGUAGUACCUCCAGCAACCUAAACUAACUACCCUUGUAACAUCUGAAACAUGAAAGAUAUUCCCGAAUUGACCAGAGUAGCAACCAAAUAAACGUAUUCAGCGCAGGUCUCGUGAGGACGCUCCAGCACGAAAUGAAUUCAACACACAGCACGGAUGAGGUUCGUUUGAGAGAUUUUACCCCUCAUUCAGUUAGUGUCGGAACGCGAAAGACAGUGGACGUGCAUUUAUUCUCCCCCGCAAUAUACCCAUCUCUCUCCUUCUAACGUAGCGAACCAUUAGCUUUUAUAUUUAAAAAUAAAAAUCCUGCGAGAGGGAAGUUUGUGAAGUGAAGGUGAUUUUGAGAAGGACAUGGAAGGGUGCCAGAUAAAAUCAGUGGAGAGUGCGUGAAGGGAAAAUAGAAGUGUGCAAGAUAAGAUAGAAAAAUGGAUAGCUCACCGGAUUUAUCACUGAAGCUCCGUCGUGGAUCUUCGGAUUCGCGAGAGUCCUUCUACAUGGACUUUGCCCAAGGAAUUGAUUCGGAUAUUGAGGAGGUGACUACAAUUGUUGAGCCACCACCACCACCCCCUCAGAUAACAACCCAGGCACCAUCUCCACCACCCCUUGAGGAAGCCCCAGUGGGUGAGGUGCUCAUGCUGGGUGAGAUUGUGGCUCCUCCGGCUAUCCUGGAAGAGGAUGAGGCAGUCAGUGAUGUUGGGGAUGAUGUGGGAAUUGUUAUUGAGGAUGAGGAGCAAGAAGAAGUGGAAGAGGAAGAUGUUGAGCAGGAGGAUGAAGAUGAUGAUGAGGAAGUUGAUGAAGGACUGGAUGUUGCGCCUGCUGAAGAAAUUGAACCACCACUACUACCAGUGCUGGAGAUUGAAGAAGAAGGGGAAGUCCUAGAAGAAGUACUGAGCCACAUUUCUGAGCCAGAAAUUUUGCAAGAUGAAGAAGUUAUCGGUGAUGCUGAAGAGGAACAACCUGAUGAUGAAAAGGCCACUUCAGAGGAGCCAGAUAUGGAUGAGCCUGUUGUGGAUGAUAUUGAAUCGCAUACACCUUCACCCACCUCCCUCCCACCGCCACCACCAACCCCACCGCCACCGCCCACAGAUAUCGAUGAAAGCUCAAGCAACGAUGUUGGUAGCGAACAAUUGGCCGCGUCCCCAUCUUCCGCAAACAAUACGAUCAUCUCACCGGAAACAUUGAGUCAUCACACAUCUCCAGCUAAAUCUCCACCUCUGCAGACACCAAAAUCUCCCCCACCUAUUCACUAUCACGUGAAGAUCGACGAGAGUCCCCAGCGUGCUUCCCGGGCACAGAGUCCACCAUCGACCACGCGUGCCGGCACUGCGUCCGUGGAGCCCCUGAUCUCCCAUGAGUCCGAGACAUGCAUCGUGGAGACGAGGUCCUCCACACCCAAUCAAAUGGCCCUCUCGACACCCACGUGCUCCACCAGCGGCACAACCCAGCACUUGGCACUCCUCUACCACCACCACACCCACCAUCAGCACCUUCAUCCCAUCCUCACGCAAACCCGGAAGCUUUCGCGACUCCCGGAGAGCUCAAUGAUGAGAUACUCAUCGCCACCGCACAGGGAAGUUAAAGCAAUCGAUGCAUUUACAACAACUCUCUCGGCACUUUAUGGAAAAUUGAUCGUGAUUAUGGGGGUGGCAUUUCCGCUGUCUGAGGUCAUUUCCACGUACAUUCCACCGUCAUUUUACGAGAGCUUCUAUCUCUAUCUCUACAUCGGUAGCAUGGUAUUCCUACUCUUUAUGUACGCUACCCUCCUCUGGGGACGCCCAAAGCCACCCUAUACAACAAGUGUUAAGCAGACAAAAGCCCCACCGAGGAGGACAUCGUCGUGCAGCUCAAACAGUGGCAAUGAAUCCGACCGUGAGAGCGAAACUGGAAGUUCAGGGAAUAACCGGCAUUUAAAUAUUGCCAUUUCACCGCCACCACGUCGACCAUCCCUCUUACCUGUGAGUGGAUCUGGGCAGCAGCACUACGGGAGUUUCUAUUUGAGAAUGGGAGCUGUGGCUUUUGGAAUUGGAAGCAUGAUUUACUCUGGAUUGGAAUUUGGGCAGUACUUUGAGCUGGAGCGAGACACAAAGUGCCACAAUGUCCUUCUGGCGCUCACUCCAGCCACAAGGAUGGCAUUCAUUUUCAUUCAAAUGUACUUUAUCUUCCUGAAUAAUGAGCAAAUUAAAGUCUAUCGCCACAAAAUUCUGGCGCGCUUCGGGCUCAUGCACAUGAUAGGGACAAAUUUAUCCGUGUGGCUGAAUGUCCUGAUUCAGGAGACGAAACAUGAGAUUCUCACGUUCUACGAUCCGGAAAAUAGGACGCUGAAGAUUUCUCAUCGAUUGGGGCACAAGACGAUUCAUCCACCGGAUUCUUCUGUUCAUUUGCGUGUUCCUCGUGGUCUGAAGGGUCCCCAUCAUAUCUUUGAGUGUCGUCGUACAAAUAUCAUUGGAACCCUCGUGCAGGAUGCAUCACCCUUCCUCUUCCCAUGUACCAUUGAGUACUCCCUCAUCUGUGCAGCCAUUCUCUACGUGAUGUGGCGCAAUGUGAGCAAUCCACCUCAGGAGCCACCCAUAAAGCGCGAUUUAUCCACCUUCAAACGUUCCCCGCAUCAUUAUUCCGUGGACUGCGCCCGAGCGCACAAAGGACUCUUCGUUGGUAUUCUCAUCCUCGUUCUCACCAUCAUUUCCCUCAUUCUCUUCUUCGUGCUCAUCUCUCGCCCGGAAUUUGUGAGUCUGGCUGUGACUGAAGUUACCGUCUGUGAGCUUACCCUGUAUGCCACAGCAACGAUAGCUACCCUCAUUGGGAUGAUUCAGGUGCGGCAUUUGCAGUAUGACUACGAGAGGAGUUUCCAGCUGGAUGACAUCCUCCUCGUUGGUGCCCAAUCGGGUCUCUUCCUCUACAGCACAUUCACCGUCAUCGGAGGGCAUUUUACAAUGCGCCAAGACACCAUCUUGGUGCUCAUUAAUGCUCUGGCAUCAAUCGUUCAGACAGCCUGUCAGACGAUGUUCAUCCUCGAUGCGGGUCGUCGGAAUGCCGCCACACCUGAACACAUUCGCAAGAAACCUGGGCGGGAAAUUGUGACAUUCCUGCUGGUGGCAAAUCUGGCCAUGUGGGCCAUUAGCACUCUGGAAAAAUCCCGAGCGGAGAGUCAUCCGAUUCAGCUCAAUUUCUACGGACUGUGGGCAUGGACGAUCAUUACGCAUGUCUCCAUGCCACUGGCUAUCUUCUACAGGUUCCACAGCACUGUGUGCCUCUGCGAGAUCUGGAAGAGGGCCUACAAGCUCAAGCCCACCUACAUGUAAACAUCCACGCGAGGUUGUAUCUCUUUUCUUUUCUUUUUGGCCUGAAGGGGGAAUGUUUUCUUAUAAAGAGGUAAAGAAUUUUUUUUAUUAUGCAUAGCUUUCCUUUUAUUCCUUCGUUAAUUUGAUAAUCUCGAUAUAAUUCAAUUCUAAAUAUUUUACUACGCUUGAAUAAAGAUGGCGGCUGCGUGGUGGCCAUAUUACCUGCUUGAAUAAACAUGGCAGCCGCGUGGUGGCCAUAUUUUCUAUGUUUUUGUUUCUCAAUUUUAUCUCUUUUGAUUGUGAAUUCAAUGAUUUGGUUGUUAAACAAAAUGGCAGCCAGUGUAUUUAAGAUAAAUUCGAUAAAUUUAACCUCCAGUCAAAAAGAAAAGAGACAAUUUGUGGAUCUUAAGACUUUCGCAACAGAAAUACUCUUUUAAUCUUCGUAUAUCAAAAUAAAUAAACUAAAACUAAUAAUCAUCAAAAGUUCAAUGUUAAAAACGUCUUUUCGAAAUGAAAAACAUUGUGAGUCUUUCCAUUUUAAACUUGAAAAAAGAAAUCAAACAAAAACUAUAUUAUACAUAGAAAUUAUUCCAAAGAGAAAAUUCAAAAAUAUAAACCCGAAUAUAGGUGUAAGGAAUAGAAAUCUCAAGAUUUUUUUCAUUUUUAAUUUCAUUCCAAUAUUUGUACAACUUUUUUCGAUAUAUUUAAAUCUUUUAUAGAUGCAGGAGACAUUUUGAAUGAAAAAGAUGAUUAAGAAAAGUUUAAAAUGGUGUAGAAAUCGUAGAAAUUACGGGAACAAUCUUUUUUGAAUAAAACUUUUUGAUCCAUUGUACAUUUUUUAGGAGUGUAGAGAAAAAAAUGAUAUUCUGAACGAUUUUAAAAUGAUGAUAUACUAUUUUUUCACAAAAAAAUUGUUUCUCACAUGCAUUUUCUAAUAGGAAUCUUUACUUUUUUAUUAUGUAGGUUAGAUUUACAUACUUAUAUACCCCCCAAGGAAUGACGAGAGAGUUUAGAAUUUUAUGCGACAUGUAUGUGGAAAUGUGCAAAAUAGUUUUGUAUAUUUUUUCUUCCAAAAAAAAUUCACAAAAUUCUGUGAAAUAAUUAAUUUUUGGCAAAUUUCAGUAUGAUGAAAAGUAUUUUUUUGUGAGGAUAAAAUGAUAAAAGCUAUUAUAGUAAUGAGAUCUAGUUAUGUGCUUUGCUAAAGAAAAUUUAUUUAUUCGAGUUGCUAUUUGAUAAAUAAUUGUGUUGUUUCUUAAGUAUUUCCAGCAAUAUUUUCUUUGUGUUUUUUGCGGAAAUCCGCGCGAUUUAUUGAUGAAAUAUAUUUACCGAAUUACGGAACGUGUAGUAAUUAUAAGGGAAUUUUAUAUUUAAGGAAAGUUACUAACUAUAUAUUUAUUGCUUAGCGGAGCGAGACAUGUCGUUAUGUGUGUCGAAGUCGAAAGUCACCAAAAAAAUGGAAGAAAAAUGUGUAUUCUAAUCAAAAUAUCGAACCAAAGUUGCUCCCAUGUGGCACUUGAGCACCAUGGAGAUUUAAGGGCGAGACUCUUUUGUAACUUAUUGCAUUAAAUACCAUUAAUUAAACGAUAUUUACAGAAAAAUAAA